AUGUCACACAUUGACUAUUCCAAUUUUUUCAAACAGAAGAUUGAAAGAUGGCAACGUGAAGCAGACGAGAGAUACCCACCAUGGACGAAUAGGAACAACAAAGGUCAUCUAGACCGCUUUUUUUUCCUUCAAGGCAAAGCUCAAAAUUACUUACGACAUUGGAAGCAGUUGAAAAACCGUAAGGGAUACCCAUACGCUGACUUGCACAAGAAGAUAGACGUGUUGUGGCCACACCAAGUUGGUACUUGUCCUGAAUUUGAAGCCACACAUCUGUUGACGUACAUUUUGCAUGGUCUUAGUCGUCAUGGCUAG